GGGCUUAAGGGAAGAGCUCAAGAAAGUCAGGGAUACAGAAGAAUCAAGACAGCGACCACUCUUCUUCAUCGCUCACAGUUUUGGUGGCAUAAUACUCGCUCACUGCCUCAAUCAAGCGCGUCAGACGAACGAAGACGAUGACCUUACGAUAUCAGCCGUUCACAGAGCCACUUACGGCAUGCUUCUCUUUGCAAUUCCGCACAAAGGCAUAGCAAUCGACGGUAUUCAGAAGAUGCUUGGAGGACAGGAAGACCACUCAAGGAUCGGGCUGCUUGAGCAGAUCAAGAAAGGUUCUGAUAUCCUAGCUCAGUCGCUAGCUGAUUUCAAGAAUGUUGUUCGAGAUCGGAAGGUAGUAAGCUUCUACGAGACAGGGCAAACCAGGCAGGUCGAGCUGAAUAGCGAAAGCUCACGUUACGCCAGAACGGGCGAGUUUGUCACAGUGGUUGAUACGGACUCAGCUAUUCUUCAACUCCCCGAUCAUCUUGAGGAGAAGAUUCCCUUGACUGCCGACCAUUCCAUGAUUGUCAAAUUUGACAGCACGGACGAUCAAGGUUACACCAGUGCGCGGGACAAACUUAGAAAGUUUGAGCAGGAUGCACCAAGUGUGGUUGCAACUCGUUUCCGUACGUGA